AUUCUGAUGUUCCUUUUCAUCUUCAGGUGCCUUGAUAAGAUGACGGACAAAGAUCUUGAGGUCUGCGAGCUGCAGGAUCGUGUAAAACAUCUGCAACGAAAGAACAGCUUGGCUCAGGAACUUCUGCAUGAUCAGAAGAAAUUCCACAAGAUCUCCAUGGAUGCCAUCAAGGAGAAGGUGGAGCAUCUCAACAAAAAAAUUGAAGAGCACAAGUCUGAUAAAAAGCUGCCGCCAAACCAUGAUGAUCUCCGGGAUUACAAAGCUCUUGCUGAGACCCAGCAGAGAAUGUUGCGGGAGAGAGCUGAAGAGCAUGCAGAGAUUAAUACGCUGAUGAACCACUACGUUACCCGUCUGCAGAGCGCUGAAGAAAAGUUGGUUAUCACUGACAAAAAAUUGGUAGCAGCUCUAAGCAAGGCUGAGGCCCUAGAGAAGGAACUCAUACAGACUCUAAAGGAAACCAGCCAAAAGCGGAGCAAGUGCUAUAACAAAAUCUACAAGCUCAGGGACAAGCUUAGUGAUACCAAGGAACAACAUAAAAGGGACAUUGAGAGGCGUGACGAUCAAAUCAAAGAACUGCAGAGGCAAGUCUUGGUUCUUACAAGGAAGGUGGAGAAGCUGACAGAGACGACUGAGAUGAUGGAUAAGGUCAACACUGAGCUGCUGAGGGAGAAACGCCAGUUCUACCGUGAUCUCAACGAAGAUUUCUUAGUUUGAGAAACCAAAGUAACCAAAAAGAAGCCACAAUAUUAUCUCAAUAAAGCAUUACUUUCAGUCA